CAAGCCGCGUCACUGAGCAAUGAUCACCGCCCACAGACAUGGUGCUCUCCGGCACACAUCCACACAGCUGACUGCAUUCAUGUUUGCUCGUUUAUUAAAUCAACUACGCACUAGGAUUGGGCUCUGUAAUGCUGUUUAGGUUCAUAUCCUAAACAUUUUAAACAGACAUGUGCUUAAAAAGUGAAACGGACAGAAUUCCCCGUCCACCGGAGUCAGAUAGGAAGGCGCUUCCCCCUGAGCUCAGACCGGAGAGGAAGGCUCUUAUUCGGUCAGAUGGCGUGCCGCAGUCCACCCACGCGUUUCUCGCGCCCACACAGGCAGCGAAAGGAGCGUCAUUAACUCACCGCUACUGCCAGCACAGCAGAGCAAAGCCGAGACAACACAAGAGUUUCAAGAAUAUUUCAGUCCAAUCUCACAUCUGUAGAAUAAGAUCUAACAAGCACAGUAAACAAAUAAAUUAGGCUUCGUGUUUGAGGAGUUAAGAUACAAGUUUAUACAUAGAACGAAAAGUUUGAUAGGUCUUGAACUGAGUUACUGAAGUGCAAUUCUAAUAGAUUCCGUCGUUUCGGUUACUGAAGCUCAAGUGUUCUGCUGGAUCCUGUCCUGGAUUCUGUCUUGAAGCCUCUCGAGCUGAGCAUCAGGAUGUCACUACCACGGACGCUGGGCGAGUUGCAGCUCUACCGAGUUUUACAAAGGGCCAACCUGCUGAUGUACUAUGACACCUUCAUCCAGCAGGGAGGCGAUGAUGUCCAACAGCUCUGCGAGGCUGGUGAAGAGGAAUUUCUCGAGAUCAUGGCACUAGUUGGCAUGGCCACAAAACCCCUGCACGUGCGGCGCUUGCAGAAGGCCUUGCGCGACUGGGCAUCAAACCCAACGCUGUUCAACCAACCGCUGGCCACCAGUGUGGCUUCCUGUGGAGUCCCUCUCCUCAGGAUCGACAGCACCAGUGCUGCUGGCUCAACGGUUAUGGGUCCAAGAAGAUCUUUAAGCAAUGGUCAGCCAGGAUCUCCAUGUGAAAGAGAGGAGGUAGGAUCUUGCCUUACGCCGCUCAGAGAUAACAGUCCAAAAAGCCCCUGCUCACAGGCCUCUCCUGUGCCUCCAGACCAUCUGUACAGAGAAAAACUGUCCCCCAUGGACCCUCACUGGCUCAGCCCUGAAAUGUAUGGAGCCACUGAGUUAGAUGAAGACCAGCCCACUGUGCCUUUUGCAUGCCACUCACGUCUUCUGGGUCCUCCAACGCCUAGUUCUUCUUCCUCCUCCUCCUCUGUGGCCUCUCCGUGGCCUGGAGGUCAGCUGGACCCAGAGACCAUUAAAGCCGUGGAGGAAAGCGUUGAUCGGCUUCUAAGAACCAUGCCGCAAGCCGAUCAAACCGAGGUGAAGACGCUUUUGAGACUCAAUAAGAAAAUGGCCAAGACAGUGGGACACAUUUUCAACCUGGAACCUUAUGACAAGAGCAAAGAGGAAGAGAUACGCAAAUACAGCCUGAUCUACGGGCGCUUUGACUCCAAGAGGAGGGAAGGGAAACAGCUCACCCAUCAUGAGAUGCUCAUCAAUGAGGCAGCGGCUCAAUUCUGCAUUCGUGACAACGCUCUGCUGUUACGCAGAGUUGAAUUGUUCUCAUUAGCACGACAAGUGGCGAGAGAAUGUGCCUACACCUCAACAUUUAAACAUAACAGGACAUACUCAGAUGAUUGUUCUGCCUCUGUUGACUGUACUGCUCAGAAGAGAAUCAAGCUUGAUGUCACAGAUUCGGACAGACUGUCUAAGGACCCAGUAGCCAAUAGUGACAUCAGAUCUACAGCAGAUGACAACAGCCUCUCUGGAGAAAGUCUAGAUAGUUUAACACAAGAUAUCAGCCCUCAGUUGCACCCCUCCUCAUCCCCUCACCCCCUCACCGACACCACUGGCCUCAUCACCUGGAGUCGCCAGCUCAUGCAGCAAACUCUCAUGGAUGAGGGCCUCAGAUUGGCUAGAAUGGUGUCACGUGACCACGCAAGCAAAGUCAGCCUAGGGUCAGAAAAGAGACAGAUUUCAGAGAUGGAGGAGCAAGUGUCCGAGAGGAGAGGAUCGAGUAACAGAAGCAUCAGUCCAGCAAACACCAAAGACGAUCCAUAACUGACAGUCUGCAAGUCUCCGUGUUGAACUCAGGUCGGAUAUCAUGCAGCCAUGGUGUUCGGUUCGCGAUGUUGAUUAGUCCUGUUCGAUAUUUUACAACUUGUAUGCACCUUACGUUCUGUUAGAACAUUUAAAGACAUUCGGCAGAAAGUUCUGGUGUCUUGUGCUAACACAGGUUAGUGCAAAUACAGUACAUAUUCUUGGUCAGGACAUUUUCACUUAGCAGUAAAAGCUUCAAUGGUGCUAAAUUUGUGCCAAGCAAAUUAGAGAACGAAAUUGCAUCUGUAUCCAUUACCUAAACCUUAAUUUAUUAGGAUAAAUGACAUGCUUCUCGUUUGAAGAGCUGCGAGACACUGGGAUGUAGGUUUCAUUACAUUUUCUCAGUUUUGAUGGAGUUCUAAACAAAAGUUCAUGAGGAGCGUGUUAAAUUUAAUCCAACCAAUCACAACGCUAGAAUAUGCGUAUAUAUACUGCUCAAACACUUUAUGAUGUACAACAAUAUGUUUACCUUCACAUGAAAUUGUUUAUAUUGGGAAACCCUGACACUAAUUACUUACUGAUGCAGUGAAUAUUAAUAUAUCAACUCUAAAUGCUUAUAUUUUAAGAGAUUUCAGAGGUUACGACAAUAUGUAAAUGAUUCAAAUGAAUCAUGGGAAGAAUCGUAUUCUCAAUGUUUAAAGGUUGAAUGGCUAUAAUGAAUUUGUCUGUGCAUUACAGCUCCAAUAUUAGAAAUAUAUUUAUGUGGCCUCUUUAAUGACAGAGUAUUUAUUUUUCAAUUCCUCAAUAAAUUAUAUUGUAAUGUU